AUGGCCAUGGGGAACAAAACGACUGUCAGCUAUUUUAUCCUCUCAGGUGUUUCCAGUGACCCACAGCUCUAUCCUUUCCUUUUUGUGCUGUUUCUAAUUAUAUACCUAUUAACUGUGGUGGGGAAUGGAGCAAUCAUGGUAGUAAUAAGAGCAGAUGCUCAUCUUCACAGUCCUAUGUAUUUUUUUCUAUUCCAUUUAUCCUAUCUGGACAUUUGCUUUUCUUCAGUCACUGUCCCAAAGAUGCUACAGAAUUUCUUGGCAGAGAAGAAAACCAUUUCUUUCCAUGGAUGCAUUGCCCAAAUGAGCUUUAUUCUUCUGGUGGGCUGUGCAGAAGUUUUCAUGCUAUCAGCUAUGGCCUAUGAUCGAUACACUGCCAUCUGUGACCCACUGCAUUAUGGGAGGACCAUGAAUAAGCAAGGCUGCAUAAGACUGGUAGGAGGUGCAUGGCUGAUCGGUAUAUUUUAUUCACUGGCAAACAGUGUUCCCAUAUUACAUUUACAUUUCUGUGGGCCCAAGGAAGUGAACAGUUUCAGUUGUGAGCUGCCAUCUCUACUAGAAGUGUCCUGUACAGAAACUUUCAUGAUUAAGAUGACAAAUCUCACCUCAUCUAUGUUUUCAGGUUUGGCCUCCUUAUCCGUCACCCUUGUGUCUUACAUCUGCAUCAUCUCCACCAUCCUGAGGAUACGCUCUGCUGAGGGUAGGCGUAAAGCCUUCUCUACCUGCAGCUCCCACCUCACUGUGGUUGUUCUGUUUUAUGGAGCUGGUUUGUUUCGAUAUCUGAGACCCAGUUUGGUAUCUUCGGUGAUUCUUGACAGACUCUUCUCCAUCCAGUACAGUAUCUUAACUCCCAUGUUAAAUCCUAUCAUCUACAGCCUGAGGAACAGGGAGGUAAAGGCAGCUCUGGGGAAUAUCCUGAGAAAAAUUCAAAGCAGGUGA